AUGACCACCUUAACAGCCGAGGAAGUCCGCAAUUUGAAUGCAAUUGCCAACUUUUUGCUUGGGGAAGAAUUCUCCCAUGAGACGAUGAAUUCCCCUUCACCAACAGCUACGGUUUUUUCUGGGGAGGAUCGAAAAAGGAAUUACAGGGGAGUGAAGUUCGUUAAGGCUCGCGGAAAAUAUGCUGCAGAGAUGAGAAACCCUAAAAAGAAGGGUUCGAGACUUUGGCUUGGCACCUUCAAUACACCCGAAGAAGCUGCAACGGCAUAUGACCGUGCGGCAUUCCAAAUGCGCGGUUCAAAGGCUAUUCUAAACUUCCCUAUCAACGUUGAGUCUGGAAUGUAUGUGGAUCCCUUCCCUUGA